AUGCGCCCGUGGGUUCUUCGGUGUACACCGUGUCUGCCACAGAUCCUGACACUGGGCUCGGCUCAAGGCCCGUUUUCUCCAUAAAGGCCAAUAUUCCGGCGAAUCAGGCUGACUAUGAGGCGACCUUUACUAUGAAUGCAACGUUUGGGUACAUUACCUUAAGGAAGAAGCUGGACUAUGAAACAAGGUCUUUCUAUCACUUCAGAGUGUCUGUCAAGUCGCUCUACAUCAGAUCUGUGUCUGAGGAUGCGCCCGUUGUAAGAUUCACUGAAAGAUAG